CCCAUCGAGUCGUUACAGUGUGUCAGUCACUGUGGAUUCUGAGGAGUCCUCUACAAACUCUUCUUAUAUGUAAUUCUGCAGAGAACCUGCUAUCUAAUGGGGAAUAUAGAGAAAUGUGUACGGAGCCGUGAGAUGUGACGGGAGACGACCAUUAUAUAGAAGAUGCGUCUUCUAUAACUUGGAUCCGGUAAUGUCGACCUCCAGUCAACCCAACUGCAGCCACAUCGGUGAUUUCCUCCUCAGCGGGAUCCCAAAUCUUGAGGACUUAAACUUCUGGAUGGGAUUUCUUCUCAUCUUGAUGUACAUUAUUGCAGUCAUGGGAAACUCCUCAAUACUCUACAUCAUCAAGGUAGACAAGGAGCUCCAUGAACCAAUGUACAUCUUUCUCUUCAUGCUGUCAUUGAUAGACCUGCUGCUGGCCACCACAAUCAUGCCGAGAAUGCUGGGAAUCUUUUGGACAGAUGACAGGGAGAUCACAUUUGAUAAUUGUCUGACCCAGAUGUUCUUCAUCCACUUCCUGUCUGCUCUUGAGUCCGGGAUCUUGGUGGCCAUGGCUGUAGAUCGCUAUGUGGCCAUCUGCCACCCUCUACGAUACUCGUCUAUUCUCACCAUUGAGAGGAUUUGUAAGAUGUCUGCCCUAAUAGUAGGGAGAGGCGCUCUUGUUAUGAUACCCAUCCCUCUCAUCAUUAAGAGGCUUCCGGAGUGGAAGGGUAACGUCUUGUUUCAUUCCUACUGCCUGCACCAAGAGGUGAUGAAUCUGGCUUGUGGGGACAUCAUGGUCAAUGUCAUCUAUGGACUCUUUGUCAUUCUUUCGGUCAUGGGUGUGGACUCAAUCUUCAUCUCCCUCUCUUACCUGCUGAUCAUUAAGACGGUGCUUGGUCUGGUUGAAGAAGCCAGUAUGAAGGCCUUCAGCACCUGCGCGGCCCAUAUCUGCGCCGUCCUCAUGUACUACAUCCCAUUGAUUGGUCUCUCCGUUGUGCACAGGUUCAUGAAGAACACCACUCCAUACCUUCAUAUUUUCUUUGGGAACGUCUAUCUCCUGCUUCCCCCCGUUAUUAACCCCUUAGUCUAUGGGAUUAAAACCAAACAGAUCCGCAUCGGGUUUAAAAAGUUAUAUAAUAAAAUUCUACAUCAGGUUAAAACCUCCAGGAACAUAUGA